GGAGAUCAGGGCACGCUGGAUUUCUCUUACUUGCUCUUCAAAGCAGGAUAGAUUAAAGCUUUUUUUCUACAGAGAUGAGGUUGAUAAAGCUGGACAGCCUGCUGAUAAAGAAGAUGAUGAGGGGCAUGCAGAUUUUACGUCUAUAGUAUUCUAACAAACCAGGUCAAGGAUGGGAAACUCAGAGAGCCAGUACAGCUUUCAAGGGCCAAGAAGCAACAGCUUUACCUUCCCUGUCAGACAAAAGCCCCAUUCAGAGAAGUUCUGUACUGCCAAAGAGGAAUUUUUAACACCUAACGGAUGGUGGAAGACAGGAUCCAGAGUUUCUGGUUUUAGAUCCAAAGCCAUGGCGCGGGGAUGUUUUUCUCAGCCGAAGUCUAACCAGUCCACACUGUCUCGGCAUUAUGACCAUGUUAGUAAAGGAAGAGAUGUGAAGAGAAGGCUCAGUACUCAGUGGAAAAGUUCUUCUGAACGGUUAGAAUCAAAUGGAGUGUUGCCAUCUGAGAAUGGCUACCAUGAGAGUCUAGGUAAGAAUGAUGGAGCCUUCCGAAGUGAUUGUAAUGGUCAUACUGGAAAUGGAUACAGGACACCUGAGAGAAAAGCCAGACUGGAGGAACUGGAGGAUCAAACCAGUCCCAGGGUUGUGAUCAAGAACGAUGGCAGUGUAAAGGUAGAGUUUAAUCAGGUCUCAAAAAGCUCUCUGCUUCCCUGUGAGUCUGGAGGGCCUGUCCAGCUGGUAAAGUUUUCCCCUACAUCCCAGUCUGUUCCAUCCAUUGUACCUCACAUGGGGUCUGAUUAUGAAACUGCCCCAGUGGCUGCCAGUUCAAUCACCAGGACCAGCAAGGGCAGCUCACUAAGCUCAGAAGGCAGCUGGUAUGACUCGCCCUGGGGGACGGGAGGAGCGCUCAAUAAUGAUGACAGAGACUUAUCUAACAGAGUUUCACAAGUUCACGUUCACUCUGUGCAGACAGAACGGUUUUCUCAACAGCGGCCCGGUACUGGAAUAUCUGAUCUGUACAGAGACCCCAGCAUGGCUGUCACCUUUCCUACUGCCAGUGAUCUGAAGCUUGCAAAUGAGCUACCCUUUCAGCACAGGUCCUCGUUUGUGUGCGUAAUGGAGGAACCUGAUAUUGAGGAGUUCCAAGGGUUACAGCAGUAUUCCUCUCUUACGUUACCCUGUCGAAAAUCGGAAGGCAUCACAGACAACGCUGAAAAGAAAGAGUCUAUGAGGAAUAGAAUGAGGAAGCUCAGUGACUGGACCGGAAGCCUGACUAGACGGAAAAAGAAAUUAAAGGAGCCCAGAUACAAAGAGCCUCUUGAUUGCUUCGACAGUGGUGUAGAUGGCUUAACUGCUGACACCAGCUCUCCCUCUCAGGUCUCCAGCUUGCGAGGGUACCCCAACGGUCAGUCACGGCCCCGCUCACAGUCUCAGGUGCUGCCCCCCUGCAGUUCUGUAGGUGCUCUUCACCUGAGCACCGAUGCUCUCAGGCAGAACAUCUACGACAACUUCAUGAGGGAGCUGGAGACCAGCCACACAGCAGCAGGAAGCGGUGAAGAGCAAGGCGAGAACUCUGCAGAUACAGAGACCAGCAGUCAGGAGACGAUGGCCUCGCUGGAACAACUGGAUUUGCUGUUUGAGAAGGAGCAGGGAGUGGUGAGGCGAGCGGGAUGGUUGACCUUUAAGCCCUUGCUUACACUGCACAAAGACCGUAAAAUAGAGCUGGUGCCCCGGCGCAGGUGGAAACAGUACUGGGUCACUCUUAAAGGUUGUACACUUCUGCUUUAUGAAACCUAUGGCAAAGGAUCUCCGGAGCAGGAGACCACACCAAGCCAUGCUUUGCUGACUGAAGAUGGAAUAGUUCAGGCUGUUCCUGAACACCCGAAAAAAGAGAACGUAUUCUGCCUCAGCAAUGUCUAUGGCGAUGUCUUUCUCUUUCAGGCCUCCAGUCAGACAGACCUGGAGAACUGGGUCACUGCUAUCCACUCUGCCAGCGCAUCUUUGUUUGCAAAACGUCAGGGGAAGGAGGACACACUGCUUUUGCUCCGUGGCCACAUCCGCAGUUUGCUUCAGAAGAUUGACAUGGAUGGAAAAAUGAAGAAGAUGGCUGAGCUUCAGCUUUCUAUUGUCAGUGACCCUAAAAACAGGAAAGCCAUUGAAAACCAAAUCCAGCAGUGGGAUCAGAAUCUGGAAAAAUUCAACAUUGAUUUGUUCCGGAUGCGCUGCUACCUGGCCAGCCUGCAGGGGGGAGAGUUGCCCAAUCCGAAGAGUCUUCUGGCCACUGUCAGUCGUCCAUCUAAAGCUGCUCUUGGCCGACUGGGAAUCUUCUCUGUGUCUUCUUUUCAUGCACUGAUAUGCUCCAGAGAUGAAGCAACAUUAAGAAAGCGAUCUCUGUCUUUGUCCCAGCGGAAUCGCUAUAGGAAAGGAGUCUUCUCUUCACUCAAAGGCCUGGACACCUUGACCAAACGCAGUCGGGACAAGAGACCUUCUGCUUCACAGAUCUUUGACACUGGUGAAGUAGAACAGCUUGGCUAUCUUCCUACUUCUAGUAGAGAGAGGCUGGCUGGUUUAGAUGAUGAAUACUCAGUGGCACCACCUGAGGGCAACCACUGGGACGGAGGUUUGGGAACACCAACCUGUGUUUACAUGCCAGACUACCAGGCAGUUACUGUGGCUCUAAAAGGCCAACACACAGUCAUGGAUGUACUACAGAUGGCCUGCAAGGUGAAGAACCUGGAUCCUAAUCUACACUGCUUACAGCUAAGGAGGGGCAUUGGUGAUCAAAUGGAGGUCUGGACACCAGCAGCCCAUCAGCUUCUUCAGGACCUGACGUAUGAUGAACUGGAGGUCAACGUUAUUACUGUUCACACUCUCCACAUGACCAGACCCACAUGCACAGGGGAUUUUGGAUUUGCUGUGACUGGUCAUGUGGACGGUCUCCGUCGCAGCCGAAUCUUUGUCACUGAAGUUCUGCCAGAUGGAAUUGCAUUUAGUGAAGGUCUGAGGCCAGGUGAUGAGAUCCUGGUUCUCAAUGGGUGUGAGGUCCCGUCUCUUGAACUGGCUCUCAUUCAGACUCUCUUCAGUGAACACACACUACAGCUGACUAUCAGACGGGAUCCUCUUUCACAAAGACGAGAUUCAGCUCCCUCACACCACCACAGCAGCCAACAGAUGCUGAAGGAUUCCCUGUACCGCCAUCACAGAGCCAAGUCUGCUACAGAUGUGUCAAGUGUGGCCGAAUCCUCGGGUAAAGCUGGGGUAGAGGGGUAUAUACAGCAUCCUCCCAUCCACAGAGCAGUCCAGCAGAGCAAGAGCGUGGAGACGGUGUGUUCACUGUACCACUCCCUCCACGAGGGGUCUGGAGGACUGAUGGAGAGUCAAAAGGAGUCAGGGGGUCCUGAUACCACCAUGCUUAGGCCUUGUCCACGCCACAUGUCUGCCACUGAGAGACUUCGCAAGGUCAUCCAGGAAUUAGUGGACACUGAGAAAUCCUACGUCAAGGACCUCAGCUGCCUGUUUGAGAUUUACCUGAAACCGCUGCAGAAGGAGAGAUUUCUUACACUGGAUGAGAUGGAGAGUUUGUUUGGGAGCCUGCCUGAGAUGCUGGACUUCCAGAAGGUUUUUCUGCAAACACUGGAGGAGCGAGUAGCUUCAUCUCCAGACUUCAGUACACUGGAGACCCCUGUGCAGUUCAAGAAGCUGUUAUUUUCACUGGGUGGGUCAUUUCUCUACUAUGCAGAUCACUUCAAACUCUACAGCGGCUUCUGUGCCAACCACAUCAAGGUCCAGAAGGUUCUAGAACGAGCCAAAACAGAUCGAGCCUUUAAGGAGUUCCUUGAUGCAAAGAAUCCCAUGAAGCAGCACUCGUCUACCUUGGAGUCGUAUCUGAUCAAACCUGUGCAGAGAGUAUUAAAAUAUCCUCUACUGCUGCGAGAGCUGGUGUCUUUGACUGACACGGACAGUGAAGAACACUAUCACCUCACAGAGGCUUUGAAAGCCAUGGAGAAAGUGGCCAGUCACAUAAAUGAGAUGCAGAAGAUUUACGAGGACUACGGCACAGUGUUCGACCAGCUAGUGGCUGAACAAAAUGGCUCAGAAAAAGAGGUCACAGAGAUCUCCAUGGGAGAGUUUCUCAUGCAUUCUUUAGUGAUCUGGCUCAACCCGUUCCCAUCUCUGGGACGCAUGAAGAAGGAGCCUGAACUGACUGUAUUUGUGUUCAAGAAGGCAGUGAUUCUGGUAUACAAGGAGAAUAAUAAGAUUAAAAAGAAAAUGAAUGUACCACGCUCAGCUCACUCUCAUGGGGAUCAGGACAUGUUUAAGUUCCGCUGGCUCAUCCCUCUGUCAGCACUGCAGGUCAGACUGGGCAACACAGCAGAUACUAACUGCAUUUGGGAGCUGGUCCAUGUCAAGUCAGAACUGGAGGGCAGACCAGAGACAGUGUUCCAGCUGUGCAGCAGCGCGCCAGAGUGCAAAGUAAAAAUGGUGAAGGUGAUUCGUUCUAUUCUGCGAGAGAAUGUGAGGAAGGGAAUGCGAGGAAAUGAGCGCCCAGCUGAAAAACCCUACAGAGGACGUCUCACACCACUAAGAAGGACUUUACCUUCCUCGGCCAAGCUGGGUUCCUCUCGAGCUUCCUUGCUCUGUCAGAACGUGGACAAUACAUCUCCCACCAAAAGUGACUCACUAAAGCAGCAUCAUCUCGAUUCAGAUUCAGCAAGUGAAAGCAACGGAGACCGGCCUCACCUGGUACCCAGUACCAACCCCACCCUCAGAGGCAAAAGCAUGAAGGAGUCGGACAUUCUCAGCGAUGAAGACGAUGGAUUCAGUGAGUGCCUCGCUAGGCGUGGCUCUACUCCUGGUGCCAUCGAGAUUCAGUUCCAGGAGCUGCUAUUGACAGACGAGACACGAAUGGAACCCGAAGGCAAAGAAGUAGAUUCACUGGAAAGGCAUCCUCCGCUAAGACGAGCUCACUUUUGUCCGAUAAAGCGCAAAUCUGUGAAAGGAGACGCCAGCUCUAGACGCAGCCAGGGGGCACUACUGAGCCUGAGGCAGCAGAGCCACUCUUUGGACAGCCAGUCUGAGUCAGUUGUCUGCAGUAUGGACCUAAACUCACUGCUGGAGCGAGAGUUCAGCAUUCAGUCUCUUUCCUCAGUGGUUAAUGAGGACUGUUUUUUUGACAAUGGUACCAAGACCGGUGCUAAGGCUACGACAUCAUAGUCAUGUAAAGCAUGUGGAAGGUGAUCAGUUUGAACAUAAUAUAAGGGUUGAUGCAAAAUGUGUUUUGCCUUAACAAAGCUCAGAACUGAGAGGAGAGCAACUGAAAGCUUUGUCAGUGCCACAGUGACCAAUAGCUUUAGUACUACUGGUUUUAAACUUUAGCCUUAUUUAAAAGAGUAGUUUACCAUAAUAUACACAAUUUCCAAAUGAAGUUUCUGCUUGAAAAAUCAUAAGUAUUAUGCAAUUUGUUUGGAAUUAGUACAAAUGUUCAAAUGGCUGAUGAUUUGUUUUUACUUUUGUUUUGUGUUUCCUCAGUUUUGUGCUGAACUUACAAGACUUGUGUAGCUAACAAAGAAUAUUUCUUUUACCCCAGUGUCAAAUGUCUUAUUUAAAAUUCACUUUAGUUACAAUAGAAGAUUGGUACAAUAGCAGUGAUAUUUAAGAUUAUGUUUAUACUUUAACCAAAAUCUUUUUCUGUACAUACUGGGCCCAAAUCUUUUAUGAAUUAUUUUAUAAAAUACCAGUAUUUUCCAACGUAAAGCUUUUCGGUACAAUUUUGCAAUCUAAUUUACAACUAGUUGUCUUGCAAGAAAUAAAACUACAAUGCAAUAAAAGUUAAAAAAAAAUGUUUGUCAUAACAAAAUUUUUUGGGUUAAAUAAAACAAUCAUUAAAGUUAAAGAAAAAAAUCAGUGGUUUAAUAAGAAUUGUUCACAUUCUCACCUGUGUACAUAUCGUACAUAUGGAGGAUUAAAAGUGAAAUCGACUACAGGGCAGGACGGUGUCAACAGACUUUUACUGUACAUCAAAUGUGUUGGGCCGCAUCCUAAAGCACACAUUAAAUAACUCAAUAAAUACGAACACUAUUAUUUUGACAUUGUGUUUAAAAACAUAGUAUGCCAUUUGGGACGACGCAUCUGUUUCCUGAUAUUUUGUCACUUGAAAAUAAUUAAUAGCUUUAAUGUAGAACUUGGGUUCUUACAAGCUGUGGUUCAUAUCCCGUACUCUAACAUCAUACAGUGUUUUACUGUUUGGCUAGAAAAUCUACAUGCACAUAGUACAUUUGUCUGUGGCUUUGAUUAGCGCAUUAAAAUGUGAUGUGAACAGUACUACUAAAAGCUACAGUACUACAUCAGUAUGUGAUUUGAAACACAGCAAUAGUUCAAAUCUGCUGCAGCUGCCACCAUGGUGUUUUAUUUAUAUAUAAUAAUUAUAAAAUAAUGCAGGAAUAAUGUUUUUUGUAAACUAUUCUUUUAUAGUCUAACUACAAGGCACCCUGAGUUACUCAAAAAUUAGCUCAUUUUUUAGUCUUAAUGAAGUAACAGACUGUUUAGACUCUGCCUUGUUGUAUUAAUGUUGUGCUUUUGCACAUAUUUUGCCUACUUUAACUGUGCUUUUAUUUGUACAUCAUUGAGUUUUUAAUGAUUUUAUUAUUUAUUAAUGCAUUUCUGUUUUCAUUGUGCAGGGAAACCAUGAAAGUAAAACAUGUUUAAGAGCUGUGUAACUAGCACAUGUGUUGUAAUGCAUUUUUUUCUGAUUAAUAAGGCAGAGUUGGUAUGUUAAAUGCAAUUAAAACAAAACUGGAUGUGCUGUAAUGUUGGUACUGGCCAUAAGUUCAGUUUUUAAUCCAAAUAUGUAUAGUAUUUUUUUCAGGAUGUACUGUUACUUACUUUGUCCUACUGUACAUUCAUCUGUGAUUUCACUGGGAAAAAAACUGCUGUAAAUGUAAUAUCAAAUAAACAGUGCACAGUUUGUUUUU